AUGAACCCUAAAGUGGAAUCACAAGAAAUAAAGAGAAUUAUGGACACCAAUGUUCUGGGAUUAAGCAUCUGCACUCGAGAAGCAAUUCAGUUGAUGAAGGAGAAAGGCGUGGAUGAUGGACAAAUCGUUCACAUUGGAAGCAUCUGCGGGCACAUGCAGUGCGGCCUGUUCCCGUCGGCGCUUUACUACGCCUCCAAGCACGCCGUGCGCGUGCUGCUGGAGGGGCUGCGGAAGGAGCUGGUGGCCGCCAAGUCACGCAUCCGCGUCAUGGAGAUAAGCCCUGGCAGUGUAUUCACGGAAAUUUUGGACGACAUGAAGAUCGUAACUGCAGAAAUGCGUUUCAAGGACCCAUACCUCUGGGCUGAGGACAUUGCAGAUAUUGUUCUCUACGUUACAUCGGCCCCUCCACACGUACAGAUUCAUGAAGUCAUCGUUGUUCCUACUGGAGAAACCAUGUAAAACUCACAGAGGCAACAACUGGCACCCAUAAUUAACAUUAACAUAAAAUUAAUAACAUUAUGUUGAAUAUUUUAAUCGUAAUGUUGAUUUCGUGAAAUAAUAAAUGUUGCAGUAUGUGCACUUGUUCAUGUAUUUUUCGUUGUUCAAGAGUUUUUUGCCUUCUUCUAACGACACAAAAUAAUUAAGGAAAUAUAGAAAUCAAGUAUUUUAGACCAUGUCAAUUUUAGACCAACUUGUUUACCACUGACACAUUUUCCAAGUUCAUAAAUGUUUUCUGCUGCAGAUAUAUUGCUUAUUUGCUUGUUGAUAACAAAGCAAGAAAUAAAGAUUAUAUACAUCAUAUUACUGUGCAUUCUAUUUUCUACAACCUUUAUUUCCAAAUGCAUUUCGCUAUUGUACGAUUAAAAUACAGUGACAAUAGGUAAAUCAUCACUUUGACACGUUUAUACAAUCAGGAGCUUCGUUACAACUUUUAAGUUUUGGUAUCGAAGCUCCCGGUGGGAUAAAAGCUAUUGACCUAUCAUAAGCCACUCUAUAUUUAAAUAUUUAUAAAAAUCGGGCAAUAUUUGUUUUGUGUGGUUAAUCUUUUCCAAUAUCACUUAUUUCGAAGUUGUGGAACAAAUAUUUAUUACAACUUAGAAAUUUGUAUAGAAUUUUUUAGAAAAACGUUUUGGAAAAUAUUGAAAGAACUAAAACUGUAUUUCCUCCAAUCAUGGCAUUUUGAAGGAUUACAGAUUACAGUAAUCAAAAACAGGACAUUUGUAGAGUCAUAAAAAAAAAAGAAAAAUGUUUCAGGUUACAUGACAUUUAACUAAGUGGAGUUACGAAUUUAAGAUAAAUUUUAAAAAAUACAAUUAAAUAUAUCAUAAAAUAUUUAUAUUUUGUUUAUUGAACUGUAUGUUUUGCAACUGAAACAUACAUAAUAGGUAUUAU